AUGAAGACAUUGGCCCGUUAUGCACUUCUGGGUAUUGGUAUAUUGUUGUAUGGAUGGUUGUUCCAUAGUGAUUUCUCUGAAAAAGACUUAGAAGAAGAAGAUGCUCCGUUGUCGCUUCAAGGAAGCUUGGAGUUUGAAGAUGAACCCAUCAUCGAGGAAGGGCCAGCAGAAUGUUCAAUGCAUUCAUGCUUUGAUUACACCAAGUGUACUUCUAAACUGAAGGUUUACGUUUACCCCGAUGUCGAUGAGUUGCCGCCGUCGGAAGUUUAUCGGAAGAUUCUCACUGCGGUUCGGGAAAGCCAAUACUUCGUUUCUGAUCCUAAGGAUGCGUGCCUAUUUAUUGUUAGUGUGGAUACGAUUGAUAGAGAUAAAAUUAGCGAGAAUUACGUACGAGACGUUGAUCGUUACAUAAGUAAUCUUCCUAAUGAAGUAUGGAACGACGGUGUCAACCACAUUAUUUUUAAUUUGUACCAUGGUACGUUUCCUGAUUACUCGGACCACAAUCUGGGCUUUGCGACCAAGAAAGCUAUGAUUGCUCGUGCCUCUCCUAGCUUGCAGAAUUACCGCUUCGAUUUCGAUGUCUCCUUUCCUCUGUUUCACAAAGAGCAUCCAUUACGUAGCGCUUUCGAGCAAGAUGUUUCAUUCAAGACACGAGACCAAUACAUAGUGUCGUUCAAAGGCAAGCGGUACGUGUACGGCAUCGGUUCGGAGACUCGAGAUUCGUUACAUCAUUUGCAUAACGGUGAAACAGUAGCAAUGGUGACAACUUGUCGACAUAACAAUGACUGGAAGGCCCAUCAAGAUGCAAGAUGUGAAAGCGAUAACGAAGCAUAUGACAAGUGGGAUUACGAAAUGAUGAUGGCAAAUUCGACUUUCUGUCUGACACCUCGUGGAAGGCGUCUGGGAUCGUUCAGGUUUCUCGAAGCCUUGCGAUUAGGAUGUAUACCUGUUGUACUGUCGGAUGACUGGGUUCUACCUUUCGAUGAAAUUAUUGACUGGUCUGCCGCCGCUGUCAUUGUCCCCGAAGACAAUGUGCUUUUAGUUCCUGAUAUCUUGCACACAUAUACGCCUGAACGAAUUUUCCAAAUGAAACAGCGUGGAUUCUUCAUUUACUACCGAUAUUUCAGCAGCGUUGAGAAGAUUGCCAUAACGGCCUUAGAGAUCGUAUGGGAGAGAAUUCGAUUGUCCGAAGGUCUGGAUCAUAGAAAUUGGAACCAUUUUCACCUUCAUACUCCAUCUGCUUUGCGAGAAGUUACCCUUGUCAUCAAAGCAGCAGAAAAGCCUUCGUCUCGUUUGCAGAAAACAGUAUCAACUGUGGCUGCUUUGGAUGGCCUAGCCAAGGUUGUCGUUUUGUGGCCACGAAAGCGCGGAGUUCCUCCUAUAGGGGCAGACUUCGGAGUGAAGACUGCCCUAGUGUUUAUCGAAGUUUUUGAUCCGUGGCAGAAAGGCCAAAUCACAGUGGGACGAGUCUACAUGUGUAUUUUUCACUUGUGGUAUUUAGCAGUAUUUGGCAGCGAGUACCUGAGUGAGGAUAUUUCUCCUAUUCCUUCGGUUCUCUGGAGUGAUUGCUUGCCUGCUGUGCUCAAUGUCGUGAUUACUGAACGAUCUAUGUUACCACCUAUAGUUAUUGGUGAGCGGGGAUCGGAAUCCUGGAUGAGGAGUUUGAAGCUGGUGAGCAGAUGGCCUGUCAAA